UAGCGGUUUAUAGUUGUGAAAUGCAGCUCAUCCCGUUUUUUAGUAGAGCAGUAGUCGGAUUAUCUAACAGGUAACGACGUGACGUUAAAUUAUUGUUAUGUGUCGCCAUCUAACGGUGAGAUUAUAAACUGUGACCGUCACAGGCGUUGCCAUGACUACAGCAAACGGAUGAGACCGCGUACUGUGGUCCUGGAUAAAGAAUGCUAGAUGCUGUGCUGUUAAAUCGUGCCUGGGUUCCCGCAGUGACGGACCGGCGCCAGCUCCUCUCUGAAUUUGCUGUGUGGCGUCCUCCUCGUCUGAACCACAGCAGCCUGUUCGCUCCACACAGGUGUGCACGCACACAUCCCACACAAACGGAGUGCACGCGGCACAACGCGCAGUCAUUCAGCCUCCUUGACGGUUGCCAUGGAGACGUCAUUGACAAAACAACAUGGUUUACCUUUCUGGACGGAACUAAAGAAAGUGAUGCGAGGCUGUUUCGCAAUGAUUAGUCGGGGCGAAUCAGACGCAGCCGCUCGGUUGCUAUAGCGAUCACCUCACUCAGCCUUUCCUGUCCUGCUCCUCCACCUGAGCGGAUCCGCUGACCACUUCUGAGACCGCCGCCACUUUUAGCGCUUACUUUUCCAUCUCUCCAUCCUGCUGUGCUCUCACACACAAACUCAGCACUGCCUGGUCACUGAGGACAUCAGUCUCAGACGCCAGUGAAUGACUGCGAGAGGAGCAACGCUGACUCACGUCUGACCCCGUCCUGCUGCAUCUCUGAAGGCACCCGGGACCGCGGAGGAUGGAACCAGAGGGCUCCAGCUGUGAGGGGCCCAUGGACUCAGGCAACCCCCUGCUGAGAGCCGUCUUCCUCCGCCGCCUGCGGCUCACGCGCCUCCUCCUGGACGGAGGCGCCUACAUCAACGAGAGCAACAGCCAGGGCCAGACGCCGCUGAUGGUGGCCUGCAGGACCCAGCACACGGACAGCCAGAGCGCCAGCCGGGUCAAGCUGGUCCAGUUCCUCCUGGACAAAGGAGCCGACCCCAACAUCCAGGACAAGAAAGGCCUGUCUGCGCUGAUGCACGCCUGCCGGGAGCAGGCCGGCCCCGAGGUGGUGUCUCUGCUGCUGAGGAGCGGGGCCGACGUCAGCCUGGAGGACCGGUCCGGGACGUCCGCGUUGGUCUACGCCGUCAUGGCCGCGGACUGGAGGGUCCUCAAGCUGCUGCUCGACGCGUGUAAAGCCAAGGGCAAGGAGGUGAUCAUCAUAACGGCGGAGAAGUUCCCAUGUGGGAAACUGCAGGCCAAGCAGUACCUCAGCAUGGCCCCGCCUGCUCCCCUCCAUCCCGCUGAUAAAGUGGCCCCAGCUCCGGCUUCUCCCUCCGAUAUCCAGCUCAUCACCUCCCCCCAGGGGGCCUCCUCCUCUCUACACCCCCCCAAGCCGGUGUUUUCCUUUAAAGAAGCCCAGUCCCACCCCUGUUCCCCAUCCCGGCUUCUGCAGCAGCCCCUCCUGAGGCUCAACUCUGAGCCCUGGCUCAAGGUCCCGGUGUCACUGCUCAAACCGUCUUCAGAACCCGAGGACCUGCCGUCUGUUGGGACGCUGUGGUGCGAAGGAGCCGAGAGCGACGACUCAGCCGGGCUCCUGUCGUCUCACUCCGCCUCCCACCCCAACCUGCACUCUGACAACCUGCUGCCCGAGUCUCGCGCCGGCGUCAUGACGUCAUCCAGCCUCCGAAGCAUCAUCCAGCGGCGCAAGCUGGGCCCGGACAUCUACAGCUCCGACCCGCAGCUGGCCGUGGAGCCGUCCCUCCCAGCGGACGGCAGGAGGCUGGCCCCCAUUCGCUGCUCCAGGGACUCCCUGCUGAGCGCCGGCCGGAGCAGGAGGGUGCUCUCUGGCUACGAACGCAGAGGCUCCGGCGCCUUUUUGCUGGAGCUCGGGUCUCAGGCCAGGCCUCGAUCUCUGCCCCCGCUGGCCCUCGGUUCCACCAACGCCCCCGCCCUACACAGCGCCGGCAGAGUGUUGGCUGAGAAGGAGUCUGGACUGAAGCACUUCACGCCCUGUGCUCCACCCGGGCAGCCCAAGGAGCGGACCAGGACCAUGCUGCUGCGGCGACACUCCAUGCAGAUCGAGCAGUUCAAAAGCCCGGCCUGAAGUCGCCCUGGGCCCGUUUGACCCGUCCAAAUGCAGCCGAGCCGGCCGGACCUAGAAGCUUCAUUCGUCUGUUCUUUAAACUGGACAGUUUGAAGGAAGGUUCUCAUCUCGCGGUCAGUCACAGUUCUUCAUUUAUUCGUGCUUUGAGCUUUUACAGAUGACCAGUUAAAACCUGUUGCAUUCA